CCCCCCUGCAACUGCAGGGCUCUUUUCUUCUCUUGAUUGAACCUCCUGAACGGUGUGCACCUGCGAUUCCAUUCACAAUGAGCGCCACGACCACAAUUUCCACCACUGGCACUAUCACAGCGGACAAUGUCUCGACACUCUUCCCCGAUGUCAAUCCUUCUCUAGCCCUCUCGGUUCUGCCCACUAACGGGCACGCCUCAGCGCGGGGCGCCGCCGAACUCGACGGGUACGAUGAGGAACAGGUUCGUCUGAUGGACGAGGUGUGUAUUGUUUUGGAUGAGAAUGACAGACCCAUUGGAAGUGCCAGUAAAAAGACCUGCCAUUUGAUGACCAAUAUUGACAAAGGCCUUCUUCACCGCGCAUUCUCCGUUUUCCUCUUUGACUCCAAGAAGCGUCUCCUGCUCCAGCAACGCGCGACAGAGAAAAUCACUUUCCCCGACAUGUGGACGAAUACUUGCUGCUCCCAUCCAUUGGGUAUUCCCGGUGAGACUGGGGCGGAACUGGAUGCGGCCAUUCUGGGUGUGAAGCGUGCUGCACAGAGGAAGCUGAAUCACGAGCUUGGAAUCAAGCCAGAACAGGUGCCGCUGGACAAGUUUGAGUUCUUGACCAGGAUCCAUUACAAGGCACCUAGCGACGGGAAAUGGGGAGAACACGAGAUCGAUUACAUCCUCUUUAUCCAGUCGGAUGUCGAUGUUGAUGUUAAUCUGAACGAAGUUCGAGACACGCGAUACGUCACUGCAGACGAGUUGAAGCAAAUGUUCGAGCAACCCGAUCUGAAGUUUACUCCGUGGUUCAAGCUCAUCUGCCACUCAAUGCUAUUUGAGUGGUGGAGCCACCUUGGCACAGCGACAUUGGGCAAAUAUAAAGGAGAGAAAGAAAUCCGUCGGAUGUGAUGGGCGUUGUUAUGCUAGAUGACUGGUUAUGUCGCCUAUUUCUCUAAUAGUACAUACUAACCCAUGGAGUUGAUCUGAUACCUGAUGACUAUGUGUAUUUAAUUAAUGUGCGAAUAUAGUAUAUGGACAUAUCCGCCUAAGCUAUAUACAAUUAUUA